AUGAAUGUGACUUCAACGACUCCGGCUCUUAACUCGACGUCCAGCGAGUUGACCGAGUACGUGCUUGAUACUGUGAACACGACGGCCACUGCUCUGAUGGGGGCUGCGUUUGAAGAAGCGAAACGCCGUGUCACGCCGAACGCAUCGUUGAGUGCCGAAGAUCCAGAAUGGACUGGUAUCGGCCUCGAGUGGUUCAGGAGUUUGCUGGGGCGCAGGGAGUGGACGCUCCCAUGUGUUGAUGUGAAGGCAUUCAAAAUCCCAGAUACCAAGCUUCUGUCCGACCAAUCCAGAACCGCCUAUAUCAAGCCCAAGCUAGGCAGCCAAACCUUCUUCCAGCUAGCGUUGAUACUCGACUCGAAGAUAUAUAAAGUCGAUACGAAACCUCGCGUAGACUGA